AUGAAGAUUGAGGUGAAGCUCGCAAAGAAGGAUGUCGGACUACAUUGGAAGGAUUUGGAGAAGCAGGAGGCCCCCGCGGAGAUGCCGGCCUACCAGCCCGACCAGCCCGCUUAUCCGACGUCCAACAAGGCGAAGCGCGACUGGAGUCAGAUCGACCGCGAGAUCGAUGCAGAGCUGAAGGCCGAGAAGCCGGAGGGUGACGAGGCUCUGAACAAGUUGUUCAAGGAGAUCUACGAUCGGGCUGACCCAGAGACGCGCCGUGCCAUGAACAAGUCCUACCAGACUUCAGGCGGCACGGUGCUCUCCACGAACUGGGGCGAGGUGGCGCGCGCCGACUACGAGGGCAAGGACAGGCCGACGCCCCCCGAGGGCCAGGUCUGGGCGAAGUAG